UAUUCUACCAUGAAUAGAACACAUUUAUUCUGUAUACAGAACGUAUUAUGAGGUUAAAAUUUUACUGAUCUAUCUAUUAUAGUACCUACCUAAUCUACAAUAGAGGGCAUUUAUUCAAAACCCCAAAGACUCAUUUGACUUAUACACAUAGGUACACACAACCAUGGCCCCGCCCGUCUCCGGAUACAAGCUCAACAACAACGGGAUCCCGAACUUCGAGGACCUCCCCCUACGGCCGACAGACCCGCACUACUCGGCAUGGGGUUUAUACGGCGAAAAAGACGAGCUGGGAACACUCAAUCGACUAACAGACGAGCGGGUAGCCGCCGCAGCCAAGGAUGAGAUCAAAACUGGUCGCAGGAUCUCCCUAAACUGGCCCCUCGACGCGCAGCCCCAACAAUCAUUCUUCUCGCGCCACGUAUUCACGCAAUCCCUCAUCCGCAAGUCCCCCCGCGUCGUCAACGACGACGUCUGGACCUUCAACUCCCAGGUCUCGACGCAGUGGGACGGCCUGCGACACUACGCCUACCAGCGCGAGGAGCGCUUCUACAAUGGCGUGACUAUGGAGGAUAUACACGGUGUCAAUGAUGAGGACGGCGGGAAAAAGACUACGGUUAAUGGGAUACAUGCGUGGGCGGAACAGGGUAUCGUAGGCCGCGGCGUCUUAGUCGAUUACCACAGCUGGCGGCUCGCGCAGCCUGCUGCUGACCUUAAGCCCUACGACCCAUUUAAAAGCGAUGCGAUCCCGCUCGAGCAUCUGCAGGCGUGUCUAGCUGCGCAAAAGACUGAGGUUAAAUUCGGUGACAUCUUAUUCAUCCGCUCAGGCUUCACAGCAACCUACCCCCAGAAAACCGACGCCGAGCUCAGCGCCUACCGAGCCGUGGUCCCUCACCACUUCGGCGGCGUCGAACGGUCGGAAGCCAUGCUGCGCUGGAUCUGGGAGCACUUCUCGGCCGUGGCAGGGGACCAGCCUUCUUUCGAGAGUUGGCCCGCGCCCCCCGACUCCCCGCACAUCCUGCACGAAGUCCUUCUUUCUGGCUGGGGGUGUCCGAUCGGCGAAUUAUUCGACCUAGAAAAGCUCGCCGCAUACUGCGAGGCGCAGAAGCGCUGGUCCUUCUUCGUCGUCAGCGAGCCGUGUAACGUCCCUGGCGGCGUUGCCAGUCCACCCAAUAUACUCGCUAUUUUUUAGGUUAUGUGAUCAAUGUUUAUAUAUUUGAGUGAAUUUGGAAUUAGACGGUUUUGUAUAUGAGAUAAUGGAAGAUUCUACCGCCGUCGGAGGAGAGUGAGAGGACAGUCAAAAGGAUGAAUGGAUACCUAGCUUCGCUUCAGCCACAUUAUCCACUAACCACCUAAGGAUGGGCUAUCAAGCUGUUGAUGUAGGGACGAAAACGAGACUGGCUUGGGAGUCGAAGAAUCCAGGAAUUAUAUCUCGUCGGUAUUACGAUUAGCCGUUCAAUACGCCAAGUAUUUGUCUAAUUCAGUAACCACAUGUCUAAGUGCUUUAAUAUGAUGUUAAAUCGGUUCUACGGAUAACAGUAGAUCAGGGUCAGGUAUUCGUAGGCCUGGUACUGUCCUAGGGCUCUAG